CAUACAUAAGGAUUAUAAUUAUUUCGAUAACAUGAAUAUUCCAUUUAAAUGUCGAUAGAGACACCAUCCUAAUGGAACACGAUUUGUAUGCCUAAGUCAGUUUUCAACCAAAGUUGAAAAUACGGAACGAAUAUGGCGGAAGGAAUCUCGCUAAAGGGAAUUGAUAAUUAUGGAAAUACAAUUGACAUAUGUGGCACAAAUAGAAACAAGCAAGAUACUAAAUUGGGUACAAGUUCUGUGAAUACAUGUGGUAUCGCUGCACCGAGUAACAACGAACUGCAGGCUACACCGACAUCUGAGACAUCUGGUCGGCAUUUUAAACGUAACAAAUACGCAUAUCUGGUCGUCAUAUUUGCCGUUUCAAUUUUCAUAGCUUCUAUUGUAUGCGCAUGUAUAGUUCUUUUUGUAGGUAAUAGGACAACAUCAAUUCCUUCUAUGGAUAAAAACACUUUGCAGUGCGUCAAUAGCACGGUAUUACGACGAAAAGCUAAGGAAAAGAUAACAGCUCGUCAUAACAAUACAAGAACAGAAAAUACACUACUUCAACCAGUUGGCUGUCUUCACAUCCCGCAAGGCAAGUGCACCGGCGUUUUGCCCUAUAUAACAACGUUCAUUCCAAACAAUCACGUUGAUUCCUUUAAGACAGCUGAGAAUUACUUAGAAGAAAUUAGUGGUUUUCUAGAUUGUGAUACGCAUGCUCUGUAUGUAGUAUGUUCUUGGCUAUAUCCUCCAUGCAUUACCGACACAAUUCAAGUAGUGCCUUGUAAAGCUAUCUGCGAAGGCGUGGUUAACGGUUGCCAGGAAAUCUUUAAUAUCACAGCCAUUGGAGCACAGAUUUCUUGUGAAUAUUCACCUGCAGGUGAAACUAAUGAAAUGGUUUGUAAAAGCUGCUCAUAUAACGUCUACCUAAACGUCGGGGAAGUUUUUCAAUUCACGUCUCCAAACUAUCCUCUGGCUUUUUUUCCUAACACUUAUUGCGUAUGGCUGAUAACAUCUCCGCCGUUUACCAAAAUAAAAUUCAACAUAACCAAUGUCGAUCUCGAUUAUGGUAAUCUAAAAAUCACAUUUGGACAGAAUCCUUAUGAAUCCUUAUUUCGUUUGGGAUUUUCUGAUACGGUUGUCACGGAUGACAUCGAAUUUUUCACAUAUUUAAACUUGGCGUCUGUGAUUUUCAAAAGUCCAAACAAAGUCAACGAAAAAAAAGGAUUCACUGCUGUUGUUAGAGCUAUCGAUAUUAAAGAUGCUUUAUAUUGUGAUACACAUAAAACUCCCAAGAGUUUACACGAAGAUGAACUUUGCGAUGGCCAAGAAAAUUGCAAAGACAUUGGAGAAGAUGAGCACAUGUGUCGAACUGAAUGUGGAUAUACUGUCUUGUUAGUUAACGAAAAUAGUGUCGAAUUGGUAUCAUCUACGAAUCACUCCAGUACAUUCGAACAGUGUAUAUACACAUUCACAUGCCCAACCCGAACUAAAUUGAGGAUGGAAUUUCUGAGCUUAAAAGGCGCCAUAAGCGGAUGCAACUUUAAAAUGGGUACAGGAACAAAUCCAUUCAAUACGACUAGCGAAUUGACAACCUUACCUCGGAUAUCUACUAGAAUUGAUUUUCCCGAAAACAAUGCUUGGAUAUGGUUCGCACAAACUUCAGAGAACACUAGCUUUGUGGUUCGGUUGAGUUCAUUUAUUGAGAGCAAAAUUAUUAACAUCGCGGCUAAUGAAUCAUAUAUCAUAGACAAUAAUUCACAUUCGAUCAACUCGUGGCUUGAAUACGGCUGUUUAGUUUUCAAGUCUUCGCCUGGUUAUCAUUUCAAGUUGACGUUUUUGAAUGAUAUCUUGGACUUAGGAAAGACGCCUGAAUUAUAUUACCCAAAAUAUAACCAGAUAGCUUUUGGUUUAGGAUCGGACCCAUUGAAGUACAAUGUAUUCAUAUUAGAAUCUAAAUACGACGACAUGUUGGAGCUGUACACGGAUGCUAUUUGGUUGAAAAUGGACGGAAAUGGGCCGUAUGCUAUUGGAAUCAUUAUUUCAACUAUACCUACAAGAAAAGAUUAUAGAAGACAUAUACUUGUUGACGAUGUUGCAACAAUAACAUAUUCAUCGUCAGAGAUUGAUGAUGUUCAAGAAAAUAGUAAUGUCACUACCACAGUAUGGAUUGUCACCUCUUUAAGACACCCGAACAUUGCAGUGAAAUUUAUCAACUUCUCUUAUGGAACAUCUGAAUUUAAUUUUAUUACUAUUGGAUACGGUCUCAAUCCCGAAUUGUCGUCCUCAAUCCUUUACCACGGUAUUGCUCUAGAUUUCAAAAGAACGCUUCCCGAUGAUUUCAUCAUCCACUAUUCAACAUUCUGGGUUCGACAUACCUCAUACCGACGAAUAAAUGAUACAAGUUUUUCUCUUGAGCUUCGAAGCCUACCAAAUACAGAUAAUUUAUUAUGCCCUACAAAGUUCGGCGUAACUAAAGAAGAUACCUGUGACGAUGAGUUUGAUUGUCCUGAUCUUAGAGACGAAAUUGACUGCACGGAUGCAGGUUUCUCUUGCGGCCAAAGACCUCUUCACUCGGGCAUACGUACCAAAAGGAUAAUCGGUGGAUCGGAACCUCUGCCUGGUAGCUGGCCAUGGCAAGGUCUCAUCUUCCAAUAUAAUGAAUACAUUUGUGGAUGUACCCUAAUCAAUAAAUUAUGGGUAAUUUCAGCAGCACAUUGCUUUUCAUUAGUUUUUGGAGCACUUGCAGAUGUAAGGGUUAUGUUUGGAAGUAAUACAAAUCAGAAUUUCUCGGCCAACCACCUCAUCAUACCAGUAUCCUUAGUUUACUUUUCUCCAGGAUAUGAGGCUUAUGAUGUGGUUGAUUUAAACGACUUUGUGCUAAUGAAGUUGUCUAGGCCAGUACCAUUUACAAAUUACAUUCGUCCGGCAUGUAUUUCCGAGAGUUACAACCAAUUUACAGAAAAUGAUGUGUGCUAUUCUACUGGAUUUGGAGUGCAGGAUCUUCCACCAUCGAGAGCAGAACCAGUUGUGGCAAUGCACGAAAUUCUUGUCAACCUAUUUAGCAAGGAAAAAUGUAAAGAAUUACAAGGAUCAUUGCUUAAUAUUAAAGAAUACCAUAUUUGUGCUGGAAGUCGCGAGGGCGGAAUUGGCGUUUGUUUUGUUAGUGCCUUUAAUAUAUAA